AACAUUUCCGACAACUGGUGAAUGUAAACAUGCUUUAGUGCACGAUUGAUAGUGAAAAAACCGCUUUAAUGUCGAACCGCUUUGCACCGGUAAAUGUUUAAAACAAUCCUGGAUUCCAAUAACAACUUCUGCUUCCCGUGUUUGGAAGAGAAGGUACCGAUGAAGAUCAUGAAAGAACAACAGGAGAAUACGGAUUCACCGCUUCUUUCACCAUCGGAUUUGACGACGAAGCGGCGAGUUCACUUUGCGGACUUUGAUGGUCAGGAUCUGGUCUCUGUUAAAAUUAUUACACCGACAAAUAGCGAAGAAGACUUGUCCCUGAAAAAGGUAGUGGACAUUCUGAACUUCUCCGCUACGCCGGUUCAUUUAAAACGAUUCAGCUGUUGCUUUACACAACCUGGGCGAGAUGAGAACUUUCUAUCUCGUGUGAUGGAGCGAAAUGUUUGCUUGGAGAACGUUGUUUUUUGCGGGUUUGCCAUGACCGGGACCGUGAGAGUAAAAAACAUUGCCUUCGCUAAAGAGGUCACUGCAAGAUACACAGUGGAUGGAUGGAAAAACUAUCGCGAUGUUUGGGCCGAUUAUGUACCAAAAUCAUCAGAUGGAGAAACUGACAAAUUUCAGUUCAGAAUUUCAAUUCCUCAAGAUGUUGAUGUUGGAGUGAAACUCGAGUUUGCUAUUCGCUACUGUACAGUUGGUGAGGAGUAUUGGGACAAUAAUUUUAAUCGUAAUUAUAGUGCAGAAUGUUUUCUUCAUACGAUCGUCGACAAAUGAUGUACACCGUAUCGUCAUAAGGUUGAUCAAGCUUCCCGCAAAUCACCGUGCGCGCAUAAUUACGUUUCCCUUCGACAGUUUAUCGUGUCAGUGGAACGACAGUUUGAAAUCAGAGAAGGACAAAAGACGUUAAAAAAAGGUUGAUGUAACUGCCUAAAAAUCGUUCAUAACAACACAACUAACGUGACAGAGCAAUAGUAGGGCGGUACAAGGUUUCCGGAAGGAUUUUAAUAUCGUGUAAACAAAGUCACCCUCGAAUGUAAGCCUUUCAUAUUUUUGUCGAAUAGAUUUGUGCGGCUUGUGGUUGAAAAGAAACGAACUUGAAUAUUUAGUGCUCCUUUAUAGCGGAGAAAACGUAUUUUAUAUUGUGAAUAGUAUUAUGUUAAGUGAUUGAGUUUCGAUCGCUACGUUUCUUCUUUAUGCGUAAAAGUGAACAUUAAUCUCCCAUGAAGAUCAUUUUAGUUUAACUCACGACUUUAUUUAUGGAAAACUCGAAAUUUAUAUGUUCUAGAUUAUUUUUACAAAUUCUUUGUACUAAACCCGAGGUUUAAAUCGAGAAUAAAACAAUAUUACGGAAACA